CUUCACUAUAACAACUGAGUGUACAAAGAUGGCUUCUUAAAUGGCUCUUCCAGGUACCUAAACUAAAUUGUAUCCGUGUAUUGUUGUGUGUUUAUUUUUUAUUUUUUUUAUUAUUAAGUAAAAGCCCAGUUGAUUAAUUCAACGACAAAUUCUGUCCUUUAAAUAAUUUCCUGCAGCCUGCACCGGAAGUGACUCUGUACAGGCAGGAGAGCGGACACCUAUUUCCGGUGUAGAGUGGGGUCCUUUUUCUCGAAGUCACCAACCGCUGCAGUGAUGUCUGGAAGAGAAGGUGUGUUAUAGGGAGGGGGGUGGUGAUAAUCCGGUGCCAUCCUCCCUGGGGAAGUGAUAUAGCGGGUAUGGGGGGUGCACGGAUAAUGGGGUACAGAGCCUGCUGUGUGGUAUUGGGGUUCUUUUUGAUGGGGGAGGGGCCAGUCUAAACUGCCUUCCAGCCUAAUGAGCUCAGCCAGAUUUUAAACCAGUUAGAACAGGAUCUGCCCCUUGUGGGCCAGUAAUGGCUAAUCCAUCCACCCUGUGAGCAGGGAGACAGUGGUCACUGGGUAGGACUCUUGUAGUGGAGAGGGUAUUGCACAAUAUCUGUUAUUUAUUGCAACUGGCAGUUGGGUGAUGUUAUAGUUAAAGGAGCACUAUAGGCACCCAGACCACUUCAGCUUAAUGACGUGGUCUGGGUGCCAGGUCCAGCUAGGUUUAACCCUUUCUGCUGUAAAUGUUUACAUUAGGGUUAAUCCAGCCGCUAGAGGCGCUUCCACACUUCUCACUGUGAUUUUCACAGGGAGAAGAUGCCAGCGUCCAUAGGAAAGCAUUGAGAAUGCUUUCCUAUGAGACUGGCUGAUUGCGUGUGCGGCUUUGGCCUCGCAUGCGCAUUUAGCUGACGACUGGAAAAGAGGCGGAGAGUCCCCACCGCCGAGGGAGCCCGGCGGUGGAGAAAAGGUGAGUGUUUAACCCCUUCCUCACCCUAGAGCCUGGCGGGUGGGGGGGACCUAGAGACCCUAUAGAGCCAGGGAAAUGAGUGUGUUUUCCUGGCACUAUAGUGGUCUUUUAAAGAAUGGGUCAAAGAUCUAAUUAAAAAAAGCGGAAAGAAAUAUGAAAAUAAAACCACUUUGUAUUCCUAAUGCUACAGUGUCCCUUUAAGGAGCAUUCCACAAUGUUAUAAAUAAAUGGAUUUAUUUAUAAUCCUUUUGGAUGAUAUAUAGUUGGUGUCUAUGACUGGGCCUCUUGUUCCUGUUUGUUAGGGAGAAUAAUGCUAUUGCCUCUAAAUCCGCAUAUAAACGGUCUCCUCGUCACAUUGCAUGGCCAUCCUUGGGAAAUAUUCACUAGCAAUGAUCUCACAGCUAGCCCUAUGCUUCUCGUGGAGAGGCCUCAGAUUCACAUUUGAGCAAGUGCUCAAGUCUUGUGACGAAGGUUUUAACCCCUUCAGCAACAUGGGAUAGGGGGGUGGGAGGGAGAGUGGACCUGCAGUGCCAGGAAAACGGUUUGUUUUCCUGGCACUGGAGAGUCCCUUUAAUGUGUGCAUGCACGUGGGUCAAUGAAAAAGACCACUUUUAUUUAAGAUAUAAAAAGUUUAAAUCAUUUUUUACUUUAAUUGAGAAGAUUUCUCAUUAUGUUCUUGUGCAGUCAAGGCACUGUAUAUUUACUGCAUUGUUCCUGCAAAGCUCAUACACGUGCCCUGUUGUGUGCCUGAAGUCGAGUAGUGAUGUCACCCGUGCAUUGGCAUCACUACAUGAGAGCACUGUGAUUCCAAUGGCAACCGCUGUAUCCCAGGGAGAGGAUCCACACCAGCGGUCCCAGAGAAAGAUAGGGAAGCUGGAUGGACCUAUUAAAAACAAUGUGUGUGAAAAUGUGUCGUUGAUUAUAUGUGAAUGUGUAUGUAUAUUUCCAUUAGUGUGUUUUGAAGGGGUCUGGGUGCUGUGUCCCUUUUGCACUUAGUGCUUCAAUGUAAAACAUUGCGGUUCCAGAGAACUGCAAUGUUUAUAUUACAGCUCUAAACCUGCCCACAGUGGCUGUCUACGAGACAGUCACUAGAGGGCUUCCUGCAUCGAAACGGACCUUAGAUCCGGUAUCUGGCCCUGGUUGUUCCCACGCUCUGCAUGAGGACCUCCAGCAUCAGAUUUUCCCCCAUAGGAAAAUGCUUGGUUAAUGCUUUCUAUGGGGAAAUCACAGGGACAUUGGCGCUGCAUUCGAGUGAGUGAAAGGGGUUUUUAACACCUUCAGCGCUGUAGGAGGGGGGUCCUGAGGGAGGAGGGCGCUGUAGGGAACUAUAAUGCCAGGAAAACGGCAUUGUUUUCCUGGCACUAUCGUUUCACUUUAAUAAUAUGACUCUAAUUUUGAAUCAUUAAAAAUGUCAAUUCCACAUAAGGAUACCAAACUACAGGAUCUUCCACUAACGGGGCUGAAAUUUUAAAAUUAAAAAUAGGGAUUUUCUUAAAGGAUCACUGUAGGGUGAGGCUGAGACUGACAAAAAGGCAGAUCAGGGGCAGAGCCAGCAUGAUUCAAACACAGCCGUGGCCAAUCGGCAUCUCCUUAUAGAGAUGAAUUGCAUCAAUGAAUCUCUAUGAGGAAAGUUCAGUGUCUGCAUGCAGAGGAAGGAGACACUGAAUGUUUGGAUGCAUUUUAGGCAGCCAUGACCCAGGAAGGAUCCCUAACAGCCAUCUGAGGAGUGGCCAGUGAAGUUAUCACUAGGCUGUAAUGUAAACACUGCAUUUUCUCUGAAAAGACAGUGUUUACAGCAAAAGGCCUGAAGGUAAUGAUUCUACUCACCUGAACAAAUUCAUUAAGCUGUAGUUGUUCUGGUGACUAUAGUGUCCCUUUAAUUUUAAUCUUUUAACUGUUUGUGGAUAGUUCCCUACUUUGGUAUCCUUAUGACAAUAAGAUUAGCAAAUUAGAGUGCCAUCUAAUAUUAUCUAUAUUUUUAUAAGCUACACAUCUGAUGGUGGCCCACCAUCAGUUUACAGAUAUGGUAUACUCCCCUCAUGUUAAAACUAGAUUGCUUACCACUGCCCCUAGGUCUUUGAUGGUGACAGUUUUACAUACCUGCUGUCACCAAGGAAAGGUAACUUAAGCAUUUUAGGUUAGCCAGGACAUGUAGAUCUGGCUACUUUCACUGAGAUUAGAGGCCCUCAUUGCACAGUGUUUCUUUAUUACACAUGGUGAUGUCUUCCAGAGCAGGUGGAUAUUGUUGGCAGUGCAACCAAAGUUAGCUGUGACUUGCUGAAAUGCUAAAUCUUGGAUUAAUCAGGUCAAUAGGAUUUACGUAGCUGAUCUUAUGCAUCAGCGUAGACCUUGGGUUUUCUGCAUACAGUCACAUCUGAGGAGGGCACUGUCAUACUGCAUUGUGUAAACGUAGCUUAGAAGACAUUGGCCUUGAUCAAGGAAUCCCUUCCACAUAUAUGUCGGUUUAUAUGUAACCGAUACACUCAAUCUUUAACAGUGUUCUGUUUUAUUUCAUUGCAGGUGGCAAGAAGAAGCCUUUGAAAGCGGCUAAAAAGCAAUCUAAAGAGCUAGAUGAGGUAAUUUUGACAGCUCGUUGGACACAAUGUUAAACUACUAAAUAUUCAUUCAAAGUUUAAUUCACGUUACAGAGCAUUAGCUGGGUUUAGUUCCUGAUUUAUUGUCCCAUACAUGGAUGGGGAUUUAUGGUUUAUUGUCCCAUUUAUGGAUGGGGAAUUCCUAUCGUCUGACGCCUGGGACAUAUAGUUCCGAGCGCUGGGCAGGCAGUUUAAAUCUGCCUUUAGCUCUACGGUGGUCAAAUGGCAGAGCUGCUACUUGGAGCAUGUGACCUUUUGUUCUGAGAAACGGACUGAGUACCUGAAAUCCUCAGAGGACCACCUUACUUUGUGGCUGGGGCAAAGCUGUUGUCCUUCCCUCUGUGCAACCUCCGGCACCACUUUCUGGAGGGGAUGAGACCUAUUGCAAAUCUGCUCCCUGAUUGGCUGCAGACCAGUGGAGCAAUAUGGAGCAGACACACUUUUUGGUAGGGCUGAGAUCCUAAUUUGGUUUGGUGCAGGGACAAGGAGGGUAGGUUUGGGGCAAUGACAAUAAUGAGAGUGGGUUUGAGGCAGGGACAUUAAUGGAGUGUUUUAAGGGAAGGUACGCUAACUGGGUUUGGUUAGCGGCAGGGUCACUAAUGUGGUGAAUAUGGGGCUGCAGCAGGUACACAAAUGGGGAAGAUUAAUGCAGAGUCACUAAUGGCGUUUAGUUUGGGGCAGACCCACUCAUGGUGUGGGCUAGGAAUAUUGACACUAGUGGAAGGUAUAUAGCAGAUAUACUGUUGGGGAUUUGGAGGGAGGGACAAAGUGGGACUCGUCACACACUACACACAGCAGAUGCACAUAUUACACACCGACAUUACACGCAACCUGCACACACACACUGCAUACAGCGGGUGGAACAUUCAGGGUUAUUCACUAAAGCUUUCACAAAUAAAAUCUGAAUAGAAAACCAGCAUUCUAUGCUUGUUUCUGAUGACUUUCACUUCUCCAUAGAAAAACAUGUGCCAUCUUAUCUCUCAUGAAUGUGUGUAAUUUAUGAAUUUGCAGUCAAAACUGAAAACCCCUUUUAUCUGUAGGCUGUUUAAAGUUAAAACGGCAUUCUCUGCUUGUUUUGAGGCAAAAAGUUGUGACUAUUGCAGUUUUUUUUUUUUUUCAGAUCAGCUUUUUUUUUUUUGUCUGUUUGAUUUUUAAAAAAAAAAUUAUUUUUUUUUUAAUUCACAAAAAAAUUAGUUUAGUGCAUAACACUGUCUAGGUCCAGGCUCAAGGCAGGUACCCUAAUCUGAAAGUAUUGGGCCUUCUUUUUGCUAAUCCCUUGGACAAGUAAUUAUUUUAAAAUUUCCAUGCGCAUAGUUAGGGGGAAAUGUCAGCCAUUGCAUUUUUACAAAAAAGUUUUAAAUACGUGGAAUUGUCCCCCAGAAGAGCAUAAUAAAGAACGUAAUAUUAAAGCUAAAAGAAAAAAACAUGGUUUAAACACACCACAAUCUUGAGCACACAACAAUAGCAGUAAUAUAGCCUAUAUUUUCAGCUUUGCUUAUUCCUGUUUUAUGUCAACUUGUUACAUUACUCUGUCUUUUGAUUAUGCUGGCAUUUCUGUUAAUGGAACACUAUAAGGUCAGGAACACAAACGCUAUUUAGUGUUUCUCCCCUUCCCCCCUCCCCCUUCUAAAUAUAGUAAAUCUUUUCUUUAUUUCCCUCUGCUGGUGCUACCUCUGAUCUGCCUCCUUGGUUGACAUCAUCAGAAGUGAUGCUCUAAGCCAAUCAUAAUGCUUUCUCAUAGGAGAGCAUUGGAUUGGCUGAGAUUGUAAAUUAUGAUGAUCUCAGCCAAGAAGGCGGGCUAGGGGAGGGAGCCAAAUGUCGCCCUGGCCAAUCAGUAUCUCCUUAUAAAGAUGCAAUGAAUAUCUGAGGAAAGUCCAGUGUCUUCAUGCAGAGGGCAGAGACACUGAAUAGCUAGUCCCACUGUGCAGCAUUGCCCCAGGAAGCACCUCUAGCAGCCAUCUGAGGAGUGGCCACUGGAAGUAUCCCUAGGCUGUAAUGUAAACGCUGCAUUUUCUCUGAAAAGACAGUGUUUACUGCAAAAGGCCUGAAGGGAACGAUUCUACUCUCCAGAACAAAUACAAUAAGCUGUAGAUGUCUGGUUACUAUAGUGUCCCCCUAAAUUCCAAUUCACUGUCUGAGCUUUUCAUAAAUAAUCUGUUUAUGUAAAACUCAAAAGUAUAUAUUUAAAGAGACAUUCCAGGUUGUAAGUGACCCUUAUUUUUUUUAUGUACUAUGGAUAAUGCAUUAAAAAUAGAUGGUAAAGUAAAAUGCACAUCAAGCUUUACAGCUUAAGCAAUGAGCUCUGCCAAGGGCAUGAAGUGUCACAGCCAAUCGGGUUGAUCCAUUAUUUUUAAGACGUGCAUAUCGUCUAAACGUCUAACAUGCUCAGUGGAAUUGUAACAACUGUACCCCAGUUGUAUGAAAUGAGCCAUUAUACAUGAGUGUGCAUUUUUAUCUCAGUAAGUGGUGAAGCAGAGCCAGUGUAAGGAUUUUUACCUCCCUAGGAAAAAAAAUAUUUAGCUGCCCCAUUGUGAAUCUCAAAUGUACUUCUAGUGUCUCUUCACAUCUUUUUCUCUAGUUUCUCACUUUGACAGUGUUUCCCUUUUGUCUGAAUUUUUUAUUUUUUUUCUCAACUAUCGUUUUCCACAGUGUGCCCACUAGUCUGUGUGAUGACUAUAGCGAGUGUGUAAGGAAUUCUGUGUAUGGAGGUUGCUUGUUGGUUGUUUUAUUUUUUUUUUUAUUUUUUUUUUUUGUGCUUGUGGAGGAUGUGCGCCCAGAUGUGGAUGGUUUUUAUGUGGGUAUUGAUGGUGUUUUUGUUUUAUGAUUGUUGUGAUUGAGGGGAUUGGAGUGUGUGGUCCCAACACAUUCCUGUAGAACAAAGGUUGUGGAAGUUGAUUGUGCAUAUGUGCUUGGGCAUAGAAUGGAGGGAUUGGCAGUGUGUUUGUGCGAUAUCUGCAAAUUCCUGUACAAUACCAGAAAUAGCCGAAACACGGUGCACCAUAGACAGCCCAUACAUACGACACCACAAAGCGGCCACUGCAUCUGUACAUGUCACAAGCAAAAUUCUCUGACAUUUAGGAGUUAAAUCUCUUUAUUUCUGGCCAUGCAGCCCUAGCCACACCUCCUUCUGGCUGUCACUCACACAACCUGCAUGUAAAGAAUUGUUUAGUUUUCAAUCAAACGUUAACUUCCUAUAGACGUGUUUUUUUUUGUGUGUGUGUGUGUGUGUGUUUUUUUUUUUUUUGUCUCCAUCUCUGUAAAUAUUUACUUUAACACCACACAGGAGGCUCCUCUAGAAAUUCUAGAUUAAAUCGAAUGUGCAAUAAAGGAAGUUUAAACUGUUAUUGGCUCUUUAUAGGAAGUGUAAGUCACAUUCAGGGUGGUGUGACUGGUGCUGUUUAAACAAAGUGAUUAAAGGAACACUACAGGAUCAGGAACACAAAUAUGUAUUCCUGACCCUAUAGUGUUAAACCAACCAUUUAGCUGGCUUGCUCCCUUAAAAGGAAUUAAAACACACUUAUUUCCAGCGCUGCACGGGUCCGCUGGCACUGGCCCCGUCCCCCUUGGUGACAUCAGAUUGCUGAUUUUUAGUCAUGGGGAAAGCAUUGGAUUGGCUAAAAUCGGCAGGGGGUGGGGCCAAAUGCCAUUUUUGCCUAUCAGUACCUCCUCAUAGAGAUUUGCUGAAUCAAUGCAUCUCCUAUAAGGAGAAUUCAGCGUACCCAUGCAGAGCGUGGAGACUCUGAACGGCAGUCCUGCCUACUAUGCAGCACUGAGCCAGGAAGCACCUCCAUCUGAGGAGUGGCCACUUGGAGGUGUCCCUAGGGGCAAUGUAAAUACUGCCUUUUCUUUGAAAAGGCAGUAUUUGAAUGAAAAUGCCUGCAUACUCAUCAGAGCAACUACAUUAAGCUAUAGUUGUUCUGGUGACUAUAGCGUCCCUUUAACCUCCAUGUCAGUGAAUUGAGCAGUGGGAUUGCAGGGGCAUGAUCUAUACACCAAAAUUGCUUCAUUAAGCUAAAGUUGUUCUGGUGCCUAUAGUGUCCCUUCAAUUAAAAAAAUAAAUAAUAAUAUGUCUGGCUAUCCAAGGGACUUUAACAGUAUUACUUAAGUUCACCACUAUCAUGAGUUUGCCUAUUCCUGUUUUAGUGUGUCUUGCACUUGUCAUUUUACUAAUCUGUGUCUGUAUAUUUAAUACACGUGUGCUGACAAUCUCUAUUUGUUCUUUAUAGGAUGAAAUUGCAUAUAAGCAGAAACUCAAAGAAGAACAAAAAAAACUUGAGGAACUGAAGGGCAAAGCAAGUCAGAAGGGGCCAUUGAGUGAGUAUCUAGCUCUGUAACAGUAACACCAACUGCUGGAGUUUUGCUGUCCAUUGUGGAACAACAUGUAACUCUCCAUCUGUCUCCAUCUACACAUUAACCCUUUAAUAUAUGAAGAUAAUGUUACCCCUUAAGGACCAAACUUCUGGAAUAAAAGGGAAUCAUGACAUGUCGAACAUGUUAUGUGUUCUUAAGGGGUUAAACAACUAAAAAUACGCUGUUGUCAAUGAUCAGUUGCUGCACUGUUGUAAAAUAUAAUAAAUAGGAAAAUGACUGCUGUCUGCAAAAUAUGAAUAUAUAUAUAUAUAUAUAUAUAUAUAUAUAUAUAUAUAUAUAUAUUUAUUUAUUAGUGUGUAUACAUACACACACAAAGCCAACUUUGCAAUGAUUGUGGGAUAAACAUUUGUAAUAUGGUUUUGUACAAAGUCCAGUGUGUGCCCUUGCUUCUUGCAUUGGUUGGCGUGAGUGUGUAUAUAUAGAAAUAUAUAUAUUUUUUUCUUCUAAUUCGUUGGGUCAGGUAGUGGUUGUCACAGCUACACUAACCAACUUACAAGUAUAAGGCUGGAAAAUGAAGAUAGAACUUAUAAUGGCCCAGUUUAACAUAUAAAAGUGUAAACGGGAAAAUAGCGAAGAUUAGGAAACCGGAAAUACUAUACAACUAGCCAGGUCAGGAUUACAGAAUUAAGUCUGUAAAUAAGCCACUUUUGGAUAACCAGAAAAUUUUAAAAUAUUUCAUGCACUAUAUGAGUAACACGACCAGGCAAAAACUAUGGGGUUGAAAACUGUAUUUAUACCCUGAAAUCGCUUUAUCCUUUAAAGUGAAACUUGGCUUUGUGUCAGUCAGCAUUGCGAAAAAAUGAGAAAUUAAACCAUGCUUCUAUUUAUCCUCUUCACUUGCAAUGUAUUCCAUGGCUUUGUCUUGUCUGAUCUGGAUUAUGAUGAAAUUUGCUUAAUCUUUAAUGUAACUUUUUUUUUUUUUUUUAAGAAAAUCAAGCGUCUCUUGAAAGGUUAAGACAAAUAUAUAAAUGAUUUUUAAUGUUCUAUUCAGUAAUGUAAAUUGCAAACAAAUCACAGUUCCAUUUUAAAGGUUUACUCCAAACAUAACCACCCCAGCCUUUUGUAGUGGUUAUGGUGCCAGCAGUACCCUGGAGUCUUUCCACGGUAAAGGGGAAACCAUUUUGCAACAGUUUGGUCAUUACCUAGGUCCUGCUUGGUCUCCAAGAAUGGUGGCUCAGCCACAUCAGCUGCUGCAGAAACUUCAUGGCAAUGCUGCUAAACUCUCUUAGCCAGUGAAUGAAAGUCUGUGCAUGGAAUAUGUACAGAAUUGACAAUAAUCAUCCCAGAACUCUCCAUUUAGGCUGACUAAUGAAAUCUGUCUGAGGUGGAGUUAUAUUUCCACCAGUAACAUUAAAUAUAUCUUUCAGGAUUAUUCAUGAACACGAGAACUGUUGGAAAUUCAAAAUGAAUUUUAGAUUUAAGGACAAGAUUUGUUUUUCCACUUUGACCUUCAUACUCACUUUGAAUUGCUGUCAAUUCUCACUUUUAGUUAAUGACCUUGUGCAUGCGUAACAUUUCAUACUAAAAUGGGGCACACACAGGGUCUUUGCAUCAUGAUCACUUUGAAUCACUGAAGGUGAUGGUGCUUGGUCUCUCUAUACAUGUUUUGCUGUAGACCGCUUUUCAAAGUCUAUUUGCUUAUCUAUGCAACCUCACUUCGUCUUUGCAGGUUCAGAUUAAGACUCUUGCUUACAUUUUUGUCAAAUGUAAAUUUAAUUUUUAUUUCUUUACAGCUGGUGGCGGAAUAAAGAAGUCUGGGAAAAAAUAAUGGAAAAUCUUCACAUAGUGGCAAUGUUUCCUAAUGUGAAAGUUGUUGUUUGGUUUUUUGAAAAUCCUUUGGUUUAACAACUUAUUUUGGGUUUCUUGUGAUAUUUGUGUAAAAUGGUUAUGAAUAAAUGUUUUUUUUAAUAUGCCAUUGUAUUGGUGUCUAAAAUUUACAUUAUUUGAUUUCGAAAUCUCCCUUGUCAUCACAUAAAAAAAAUAAUCAAGGCCUGAACCAACAUACUCCUUGCAC